CUAUAUGCUUAAUAUUUCUUGAUUUUAGGCAAGAUAUCCUUAAUGGUUGAGAAAUGAUCUAAUUUUUCUGUGUGUAUUCUUUUCGUGUUACUAUUUCGAGUCCUUCAUUUUUAUCUCUAUUAUUUACUCGACUUUGAAUUAUUUCCUUGUCUAGUCUCCUAGUCUUAAUGUAACGAUGGACCAGCGCUCGGCCCAGACGCGACAUGCUAGAACGACUUCGGUCAACUUGAUACACGCCGAGAAGAGACAUACCGAUAGCCUACAGGCCCCAGAGGAGUUCGACUUUGAAGAUACUGAGAGCGACGCUUCGUCUAUUAAGCCCAAGAAUGAGCCCCUGAACCCGACAUGGAUGUCGUUACCUCGGAAAGACCAGCUAGCAAUUCUUUUCCUAUGUCGUUUAGUUGACUUUUUACAAGUCGCUUCUUUACAAGCUUAUGUCUUCUUUCAAUUGAAGAGCCUCGACGAUUCUUUAUCGGAUUCGCAGGUUUCAAGCCAAGCUGGCAUAUUACAAGGCGCUUUUACUGGCGCACAGGUAUUAACGGCAUUUCUCUGGGGUAAAGCGGCGGAUGCGAGUUGGUGCGGUCGCAAAAAUGUACUUCUUAUUGGACUAUUCGGAACAGCUAUAUCAUGCAUUGGUUAUGGCUUCGCGACUAGCUUCGCUUGGGCUGUAUUCUGGCGCGCUGCCGGUGGUGGUAUCAAUGGUACUGUUGGGAUAAUACGGACCAUGAUAGCAGAGAUCACAGUAGAAAGGAAAUACCAAUCGAGAGCUUUCUUAAUACUUCCUAUUAGUUUUAGCGUCGCGAAUACUCUAGGACCUUUAAUGGGAGGUCUGCUAGCAGAUCCCGCGACAACGCUUCCGGGGUUCUUCGGUGAAGGCGCGGUUUGGGGGUUCAAUUGGAUUGCAGAAUACCCCUAUGCCCUCCCGAGCGUUCUCAACGCUGUUACCUUGACUAUCACGACGCUCAUUGUGUUCUUUGCGCUCGAAGAGACGUCGAAAAAGAGGAAAGGGAAGGAGGAUAUCGGGUUGCUCAUCGGAGCCAAGCUAAAGAGCCUCUUAUUCAAGAAGUAUAUUGCGCAAGACGAGUAUUUCAGGCUCCAGACCCAACUUUCACCGGGCGUCCUGGCAGAGGGCAGGGAAAGCGAUGACGAACCACCCUUCCAACCACCAAAGAAGAGUAGUCAGACACUGCCAUUCAGACGGGUAUGGACGCGCAAUGUUAUCUUCACCUUGAUCACCGAAGCAUUCUACGACUUCCAGCUUGGCGCCUUCACCAACUUAUGGACGCUUUUCUUAUCCACACCAAGGUCGUCGCCGGAAGAAACUGCAUCGCGCUCGCUACCGUGGAACUUCAUGGGUGGGUUGGGUAUGCCUGCAGCGACGGUCGGCGUUGCGACGUCCAUCUUGGGGAUCCUAGGCAUGGGGCUUCAGAUCUUCCUGUAUCCGCCUGUGCAUGCACGCCUCGGCACUCUGCGUGGUUUCCAAUGGUUUCUACCACUUUUUCCUAUAGCAUACUUCCUCACGCCGUAUCUAGCGGUUCUACCUUCGUCGUCUGCACCGCCGGAGCCUGCGUCCGGACCCGUGAUAUGGAUCUACAUGGCCUUGAUCCAGGUCCUACAGGUCACGGCGCGCACUAUUACGUUGCCGGCUAGUAUCAUUCUGCUGAAUAAUUGUAGCCCGCAUCCGAGUGUACUGGGACUUGUCCAUGGCUUGGGACAAAGUGUCUCGGCCGGCUUCAGGACAGUUGGCCCGGUUGUUGGUGGAUGGUGGUAUGGUGUGGGAUUGGAAAUAGGGGUAGUUGGUGCUAGUUGGUGGGCCGUCGCUGCUGUUUCAGCGCUCGGAUGCGUGUCGGCUAUGCUCGUAUACGAAGGGAGCGGUCAUGAGAUUUUCCUCGAGGGCGAAGAGGAGGACGAGAAACUCUUGGGAUAGGGGCGCUUGCAAUUAAUGGGUAACUUUGGGACUUGGCUUGGUUUGGGAACUGGUGUAAAAUACCCAUUAGAAUAUAGAACUCAUAUGG